AUGUUCUACGCUCAGCAUGGGAGAUAUCCCACCUUCUGGGUAGACAAGUUCUGCAUCGAUCAGCGUGACGUGGCUGACGGCCUUCGCGUGCUGCCGGUGAACGUGAUGGCUUGCAGGAAGGCUAUCCUUCAUGUCGCUAGAGAUGGCGCUGAAGCAGCUGGUGGUCAUGCCCUUGAGCCAAGUCUCCUUGGGCGAACUGGCGAAGUUCGACUCUUCGGUAGCCCGGUGUUACAACCCGAACGAGGA